AGUUUAUAUGUAGAUAUCAUUUUAUUAACUAUUAAUAUCAUAAAUAAAAAGAUGUAAAUUAGGCCUCCAGAUUCAAAUAAUAACUUGGCCCAAGUUGGCAUUGUCAAUGAUGACUAUGAGCUUGUCAAAAAUUAAGAAGUAUUAUCCAAUUCAAGUUAUUUAAGAAUGUAGAAUAAAAUUUAACAGCUGAAAUAGCACUAAACAAAUUUGGUAACAUUCCUGAUGUAUUAAACUUUACUCAUAACUUUGCCUUUAAAAAUGAUUGCUGUGAGAAAUAGGAAGAGUCUACCUUCACUAUAGAACCAAUAGGAGAAUUAAAAUUAGGAGGUCACGUUAAAUACAACUGUGGAAAUUGUUGUAGUUGUAAAGGUUCUGGUAGUUGUAAAGGCACUUGUAGUUGUGCUUAAUGCUUAUCAUUAAUACCUUGUGUAUGUUGUUGUGAUAGAUGCUUUAAGUAGUGCCAUUGUUGUCCCAGUUAUGAAGCGGUUCAUUUUUAUCUAAUUCCUUCAUAUAUUCUAAAAAAUGAUACAAUCAGGUUUGAACAUUUCCCUACUUUCGCAAAACUGUAUAUUUACGAUACAUUGGUACUUGAGUUGGAAUUGGGAUAUGCAAAUAUCUCUGACGUAUUUUGUGGUAGCUGUAAAUCAAAUAUCCCUCAUAUAUAUUUCACGAAUCCACUUAAUUAACAAAAUGAGAAGAUUUAUUUUGAACCUUUAGGCAACAGAUGCCCAGUAAGACCAAGAGCAUGUUGUUAUUGUUGUGCAUUAUGUUCCUUCGCUGGCAUUUGUGAUCUAGAACGAACGAUAGUGGCUAAGGUUGGAGAAAACGCAGAAGCUAAGAUUAUUGCUCGUAGAUCAUAAAAAAAUGCUUGUCUUUCUCAAUGUGGUUGUUAAGAUUUUUGCUGUCAUUUCAUCGAUUACCCUGACUUUGAAAUGACAUUUACAAAUUUAUCCAAGAUACAAAAGUUAGGCUUAAUUUUUUCAACAAUUAGCUACACUAUAUUUAGUAGAUGGGAAAAGUAUUCAUACAGAGGGGUAUUCAAUUUUAAUUACUCAUUUCUUGAUUUUUGAAUAUUGUAUAAUUAUAGUAGAAGACCUGAAUGCGUAGAAUAAAAAAUACAUAAAUA